AGGCACGUUUCCUUCCUCUUCCCCAGCCAAUUCCCCACUCUGCCCACUCUUCGCCUGCACUCCCUGCGCGCUUCCUUCCCUUCUCCGAUAGUAGAUAUGGCCACGCUGCAGCUCAACCACAUCGCGCGGGAGACCGCCGACGUGCGCGGCCUCGCCGCCUUCUACGAGGAGGUGCUCGGCUUCGAGCGCGUCCCUUCGCCCAACUACUCCGGCUUCCAGGUCGCCUGGCUCCGCCUCCCGGGGAGCCCCGACGUCGCGCUCCACAUCAUAGAGCGUGACCCGGCCGUCGCGGUCUCCUCCCCCGCCGCUGCGGGUACCUCGCCGCCGCCGCCCGCGCAGCUGCCCAGGAGGCACCACCUGGCCUUCUCCGUGGCGGACUACGACGGAUUCGUGACCGGGUUGAGGACUCGCGGCACGGAGAUGUUCGAGAAGACGCAGCCCGACGGCCGCACGCGUCAGGUCUUCUUCUUCGACCCCGACGGCAAUGGUCUAGAAGUUACAAGCUCAAGCAAAGCCGAUAAGUAACGGUGGAGCAUGAUAUGCCCCCAACUUCUGCAAUAGCUGUGUACUGCCCUCGGAGAAUGAAAUGAUGAACACCGCAAAAUCUUACUAGGAUCAUGCUUUACGCCCAAAUAACUUAUCAAAUAAACAAUGAACUUAGUACUUGGGCUACAUGUAUAUCUGCCCUCCCAUGCUUGCAAUAUGGAUGUAUAUCUGUAAUACUGAAUUCUGUCGUGUGUACUAUACAUCAAGUUGCAAUGCCGUGCUUCAUCUC